AUGAAUCCUACCAGCUUCUUCCUCCUUACAUUGCUCCUGGUUCUGGUGACAGAAACAGCUUCAAGGAAAACCCGUGAAAACUUCUCACAAAUAUCUGAAGACAUUGAUCUAAAGACACUGGGGGGCAGAGGAGGAUCCAGUUCUUCCCACGACGAAUACAGCCACAGGGAGAGCUCAUGGAACACCUUUAAAUCAAAAAGUCCGAAAACAGUCAUCAGCGAGGAACUCUAUGAGGAAAGGAAGCAUAAACAGUGUGGCGGGGACAGUGAUGGCGACGGGGAAGGUGAUGCCGGGGAAAUGGAGCGCUUCAUACGGAGAAAGGAGAAGCAGCAGUUUGGACAAGAAAUAAAUAAGUGA